AUGUGCAUUACCGAGGCUAACACACACACACACACACACACACACACAAACUCUCUCUCUCUCUUAAAUUUUUUUUUUUUUCUAUCCAUCUAUAUCCAUCUCUCUCUCUCUCUCUCUCUCUCUCUCUCUCUCUCUCUCUCUCUCUCGGUCCAUCAGUCUAACAGCAUUCUCUCUCACUCUCGCUUUGCUCUUUUUCUCAUUAUCUAUGGUUUUUCCUGUCUUUUAAUCUCUCGCUCUCUCUCCCCUUUCUCGCUCUCUCUCUCUCUCUCUCUCUCUCGAUCUAUCCAUCUAUCAAAAUUCUUUCUCAAUCUAUCUUUCCUCUUUUUCUCAUUAUCUAGAGCCUCUCUCUCUCUCUUUAAGAUUUUCUCUAAAGCCUCUCUCUCUCUCUUUUUAAGAUUUUCUCUAGUUCAGCCUGACACUCACUCUCUAGAGCCUCUCUCUCUCUCUUUAAGAUUUUCUCUAAUUCAGCCUAACACUCACUCUCUAGAGCCUUCUCUCUUUUUAAGAUUUUCUCUAGUUCAGCCUAAACUCCUCUCUAGGUUUUUUCUCUUUAAUCCCUCCCUUCUCUCUCUCUCUCUCUCCCUAUCCAUCUCUCUGAAUACUUUCUCAAUCUAUCUUUCCUCUUUUUCUCAUUAUCUAGAGCCUCUCUCUCUCUCUUUUUCAAUUUUCUCUACCUCUCUCUCUCUCUCUUUAAGAUUUUCUCUAGUUCAGCCUAACACUCACUCUCUAGAUUUUCUCUAUGUUUCUCUCGUUCAUUCUAACUCUCCCUGUCUUUCUCUUUCUGCUUCAUUUUUGUCUCUCUUAAUCUCUAUAUUUAAUUUCUCAUCCGUUUGCUCAUUCUUUCUUUCCUCUUUUUUCUUUAUCUAUGAUCUCUCUCUCUCUCUCUCUCUCUCAGCUCUUUUCCUUUUCUCAAUCUCAUGCUCUCUCUUGGUUUCUCUCUUGCCUCUACACCCAUUCUCACUCAUUUUCUUGUUUUCUCUUGGUUCUUUCAUUCUAUCGAGUCUCUCCCUCUUUCUUUCUUCAUUAAAAUCUUUCUCUACUACCUCUCUUUUAUUAUCUCUUUUUCUUUUAACACUUUAUAUUCCUCGUCGCCUUUUCUCUCUAUGUCUCUUUUUCAUUGGCUUGCACUCUCUCUCUCUCUCUCUCUCUCUCUCUCUUUCUCUCCCUAUCUCUCUUUCUGCGGCGGCUCUGCCAAAACGACUGCUCGAUGAUUCGCUGGUUCUGCGACGGCUCAGCCGAAACGACCGCUCGGUGAUUCGCUGGUUCUGUGGCGGCUCUGCCAAAACGAUCGCUCGGUGA